AUGGGGGAUGUUAACUUUUCAAAAUUCUUACCCCUUAUUCCAUCCGAAUAUCAUACCUAUUUAAGUACUUGGUCUCCUACAAGUUUCCCAGCUACAAAGACCUUAAGUUAUAUAGCUCCAACUCAUGCAUCUGAUUUAAGUGCAUCUAUAACAUCUAUUCAAUAUGCUGUUGCCACUGAAACUGAAAGAAAUUCCCUUUAUUCACUCUAUCGUUUGUAUAGAGGAGCUCAAGCAUCUUUAACUAUUAUUAAUAAUGAAAAUAUGAUUGCUACUGGUACUGCUACUCAAGACUUUCCUGAAAUGACUGCUGCAAUUUAUAAUGCAACCUUGAAUUUAAUUUCAUUAGACAAAGAAGCUAAUUUAUAUUCUAGUGAUUUAAGUAAAACAGCUAAUUUAACGAUGGCUAUUUUGUUUGCAAUUAUCUUUCUUUGGCAAGCAGGUUUGGCUAUGUGGUCCAGACAUUUCUAUUUCGGCUUUUGUUUUGUUUUAGGGACUGGACUCGAAUUUGCUGGCUACUUGGCAAGAUACUUAACUGUAGGUGAUUAUUCAAAUUAUGAUAAGUUCGUAUGUCAGAUUAUCUGUUUAACUUUAGCUCCAGCUUUCUUAAUGGCAGGAAUUUAUCUUUUACUAGCACAGUUAAUUGUUCUACAUGGGAGACAUUAUUCAAUUCUAAAACCGAUGUGGUUUUCCUAUAUAUUCAUAGUUUGUGAUGUGGGAAGUUUAGUAGUGCAGGCUAUUGGAGGUGCUAUUGCUGGAAUUGCUUUAAAUGAAUUUAGAAGUACAGUAUUCGGAACUCAUAUAAUGGUAGGAGGUAUAGCGUUCCAAGUGGUUUCCAUGACAUUAUUUCUAUACUUCUUGUUUGAUUUUAUUAAUAGAAGUCUUUUUAGAACCGGAAAUACUAACGUUAGAUUUACGGUGGGAAACUAUUUGAAAUGUUUGCUUAAUACGAAGGGAGGUAGAAAUAUAAAGCAAACAUUAAAUCCAUUUUACAAUCCGAAGCAUGAUGAAAUUCGUCAAAGGGCAGGGUUUGGGUUAAUCCCACUUAUGAUUCUUCUUUCUGUUGUGCUAGUGUACAUUCGUUGUAUAUAUAGAGUAGUUGAAUUAGCACAAGGAUGGAAAGGUUAUUUAAUUACUCACGAGGUUUAUGUUAUGACUUUAGAUGCCUUAAUGAUACUUUUAACAUGUAUUAUUUACCUGAUCUAUCAUCCAUCAUUUAUGUUUGGUAAAGAUUGCAUCUUGACAUACGCCUACAUUAAGAAAGCUGAAGAUGUAGAUUUCAAUGAUACAGGUAGUGAAAACAGCUUUGUAGAUGAAAAGAAAGCUUAUGAAUCUAAUCACCGAAACUUCAAACAUUUACCGCAAAAUAAUCCAUUUGAUGAUCAAUAUAGGUACAGUUAUACUUCAACUGCAAAUUCCAAUACUCAAAAUCACUACCAUAGUCGUAUGAACAGCUUCACGACCAAUAAUCAAGAUGAUGCCUUUAAAGCAAUGAAGUACUCACCAAAUAAUGAAAUAACAGAUGAAGUAUAUCUGCUGUAUCAACAUAGUCAAGUUGCUUCACCAAGUUUCCGUAUUCCUGAAGUACACCUGCAUGAUUUAAGUGAUAAAGAAAGCUUCAUUUUUUCUUAG